CUGUGCACACAUGAGUAGAGGCACGGACGGAGCAGCUGAGUGCGGACAGACCUGGCAUCUCUCUCUGAAGCGGACAUGUACUGCGCGCACCCCGCGUCCGGCAGCGGCAGCGGCUCCAUCAUGUACUGCUACAACAUGAAACCUGUUUAUGGGCAGUCCCCCAACAGUGACGCCAUCAACCAGAACUCAAUGUCGUACCCAUCGAGCAAAACCCAGACCAAUGUGUUUGCAAGCACCUUCUUUGAGGGGAUGAGCAAUUCGCCCGACAUCUGGAAUGCUGUAAAUGGUCUGAGCCAGCAGGGCUAUGAAGGUGCGCUGGGAGCCACCACGACCCACCAAACACAGCCGGGCAGCUACAGCAGCCUGCAGCCUGCACACAGUCACCUGAACUUCUCUCCACAUUCGGUGGUCGCUGCUGACAUGAACAGGGCCCUUCCUCCCAUGUCCACUUUUCAUCGCAACAAUGCAGCAUCUCGUUCUCCUCCAGUCAACACAUCAGAGAGUUCAGCAGUACCAGGAAGCCACGGGAAUGUUUCAGGAGCAUCGCAGACAGGCGACACCUUGGGGAAAGCUCUGGCAUCUAUUUAUUCCCCCGAUCACACCAGCAGCAGCUUCCCCUCCAGCUCGUCCACCCCGGUGAGGACGCCGUCACCACUGCCAAAUGCAACGGAGGCUGCAGGUAACAACAUGUGGCCCCGCAGCUCAGCUCAAACACCAGCGUCACCACACUACGAAUCCUCACUUAUCUCAAUGUCUCAGGUGGAGGACCGCCUGGACAGGCUAGAUGAUGUGAUCCACGUCCUGAGGAACCACGCUGUGGGCCCCACGGCCAGCCUGCCCACGGACAUCCACGGCCUGCUGAGCCACUCCCAGCACGGCCAUCCGGGCUCUGGCAGCACGCUCCCGGCCGGCUGCCACCCUCCGGCCAUGGUCGAAGCUGUCAACAUGAACAACAACGACUCAGCUUUCCAGAUCCGCACACAGACCAGCCACCCGUACCCGGUCCGGCAGAGGCCGGCGCUUCAGGCCGCGCAGGGGGGAGGAGGAGGAGGUGGUUUGGGAGUUCAGAGUCUUCUGGAGCUCAAGAUGGAACGAGGGGAGAGAGAGGAGAUGAUGCACAGCGGUCUGCGACUCGGCUCGGAGAGCCCCGGGUCGGACGAGGACGGCGAACAGAGAGCACACGAUGACAUGAACAGGAACAGUAUCCAUGAAGAUGAGGACCUGAGCCCAGAGCAGAAAGCUGAGCGCGAGCGAGAGAGGAGGAUGGCCAACAACGCCCGCGAGCGUCUGCGUGUCCGUGACAUCAACGAGGCCUUUAAGGAGCUGGGUCACAUGUGUCAGCUGCACCUCAAGAGCGAGAAGCCGCAGACCAAACUGCUGGUGCUGCACCAAGCCGUCGCCGUGAUCCUCAGUCUGGAGCAGCAAGUCAGAGAGAGGAACCUGAAUCCAAAGGCAGCUUGUCUGCGGCGGCGAGAGGAGGAGAAAGCGUCCGCCGCCAUGACUGAUUCACAAUCUGUGCAUCUUGCUUUUCAUCCAAGUCUGACAGACCCAGCCAACCACAUGGGCCACCUCUGAGCCCCUGAUAGACAGCUAAAGUUAUCACCAAGUACAUGCAUUCCUAUAGCAGCGAUCACGGUUACUAAAACGUGCACGGUAUGCAGCGAUCAGGCGACAGACAAACUGUGCGACCACUUUUUGUUUGGAUACGUAAAGUAGAAAAAACUGAUAUCGUUCUGUCAGUAUUUCCUGCUCGGUGUUUCUUUGAUGUCCAGAUGUUAGGAUGAAGGAAUCCUGGGAUGUCAAUGAUGCCCAACGUUUUCUUGUGAAUUUGGACCGGAGCAGAGCGCUGGUACCGCCUCAUUAGAGAGUGUGACGCAGCGGAACCAUCCUCUUCUCGCUUCUCAAAUGGACUUUUAACUUUGUGCCUGAACUUUACUCUUAAAAAGACAAAUGCAUUGUAAACUGCAGAUGUUUUGUACAUAUUUUCUAUAUACAUAUAUAUAAAUAUACAUAUAUAUAUAUAUAUAUAUAUAGGUGAUCUUUCUGUUAUGAUGUGUCAAGAUGGAUGAAGUCUGGUGGUAACGAGAUUCCAGGUUCAUUUUGAAUUUAAACGAUGCUAAUAUGUUCAUGACAGAUGUUUUCAAGACAUCACCACAUCCCAGGUACUUCUCCCAACGAGCUCAGAGGACCCACGUCUCACGCUUGUGUUUUCAGCUAAAACAUAAUAAAUUGUGUGUGUGUGUGUGUGUGUGUGUGUGUGUGUGUGUGUGUGUGUGUGUGUGUGUGUGUGUGUGUGUGUGUGUGUGUGUGUGUGUGUGUGUGUGUGUGUGUGUGUGUGUGUGUGUGUGUGUGUGUGUGAACGUCGCAGGCUGCAGGGGUUUGAGCAUUCUGUGAAUGAGCAGUUCUCCAGGAUUCUUCUCUAGCGUGCAGCACACACCUGGUUGUACACCCUGCUGUGUGUACAACCGGGUGUGUGUACAACCGGGUGUGUGUACAACCGGCUGUGUGUACAUUUGUGAUAUACGUUGUGUUAUUGCACUGUUGACAGGAAACACUCUUCUUCUCAGUGUAUUUAUUUCCCUCCACGUGUAGUCAGACAAGCUUGUUGCAUGUUUGAGUUUUUAAUAGAACAUUCAUUUUUUAAAGUUAACUUAUCUUUUAUAUGAUUAUUAAGUACUGAAUAUUGUUUCUAUUUGCUUUUGUUAAUGAAUUUACACAUAAGGAUGGUUUUUGUAUAACUUACUAGAUGUAGCCACAUAUAAUGCUCUGAGCAGCAAAGUAUUAUCAAAUUUGUUUAUCGCACCGUUGAUUUUGUUUUUACUUGUUUUUUUAAUCUGAACUAUUCCUAUCAUGACCUGUAGUGUAUGUACAGAGGUAGAUUACAGGCAUGUGUGAUAUAACAAUG